CUCGGCUUCAUCCGCGUUCGGUUUCGGGGCGGUGAAGAGGCGAAUAACCAGCCAUGUCGAUGCUCGAUGCUUUCUUCAACAAGGGCUUCAGAGGAGCGAAAUGCAAAACGCUGCUGAAGCUGACAAUUCCGAGAAUAAGGUUGCUGCGGAAUAGACGGGAGAGUCAGCUGAAGCAGAUGCGGAAGGAUAUUGCCAAGCUUCUUGAGGAUGGUCAAGAAGCCACUGCCCGGAUUCGGGUGGAGCACAUCAUCCGGGAGGAGAAUAUGAUGGCAGCGCAGGAGAUCCUCGAGCUGUUCUGCGAGCUGAUCGCUGUCCGCCUUCCCAUAAUAGAAUCGCAAAGGGAAUGUCCUUUAGACUUGAAAGAAGCAAUUUCCACUAUUUGUUUUGCUGCACCGAGAUGUGCGGACCUGCCUGAACUUCAGCAGGUGCAAAUGUUAUUUGCUGCUAAAUAUGGCAAGGAAUUUGCGACAGCAGCAACUUAUCUCUUGCCAGAUUGUGGAGUUAAUCGCCAGGUAAUUGAACUGCUAUCGAUUCGGGUUCCUUCAGUUGAAACAAAAAUGAAGUUGUUAAAGGAAAUUGCCGAGCAACAUGAGUUAGAUUGGGAUCCGUCUGCCACCGAAAACGAGUUCCGCAAGCCGCACGAGGAUUUAUUGAAUGGACCAAACCAUGUCACAAAUGGAUCGUCAUUGCCUCUUCCGCCACAGAAACAUGAUGAACAUGAUGAUGCAUUAUCUUCCGACCAUACGGAUGAGUCUCAUAUCGAACCUGGUUCGGAUGCAGAUUUAGAUUCCUUGGAUCUUCCUCAAGUUCCAAAGGAUUCGGUUCGGGCAACUAUAGAUGUCCUAUCAGCCUUAGGGAAUGUCUCAAGUCGACCACCUUCUGCUGCCCAUGACCUGGGAUUCGGUCACCCUGAGGUUACCAAGUCUAUUUCAAGUGAGGAUAUGGCACAAGUUCCACCUGUGGAACCUGCUGUAAGUGACACAGAGCCAUCAAGUACUUCCUCACCAAAUCAAUCCAAUGCUGUUAUCGCGGCAAACAAACAAUUCAUCCCAUUUCUUAGCCCCCCACCUCUUUCUUCUUUUUCUGCCCCUCCAAAGCAAAAUGAGUUUUCUGAUCCUACAUCGCUCUCUUCUACAAGUCAGCCAGCCCCCUCCCCAUAUUCAAUAUCACCAUCUCCAAAUGGAGGUGAAUGUGUUCUUCCUCCACCACCAUUGUCUUCUUUUUCAGACUAUCAGGCUCAAAAUGAACCAGCUUCCUCUCAUCCGUCCUUCUCUUCCCGGGCAAAAUGUGAGAUAGAUGUGGACUUACAGGAUGUGUUAGCUGCUGCCCAGUCUGCAGCUGAAACCGCAGAACAUGCAGCUAUUGCAGCACGAGCAGCUGCAAACCUUGCUCAGGUUAGACUUACUGAUCUCCUCGCAAAAUCAGAAAAUAGUGGAAAUGAAUCUCACGGCGAAGGCUUCGAGGAACAAACGGAUUUGGCAAAUCCGAUCUUCCAUCAUCAACAGUAUUCUUUCGGCAAUAAUGAGAAAAGUACUGACUAUGGACAGGGCCAGAUAUGGGAUUCACCAACUCAUAGAUCUCAUGAACCUCAAAGCUCACCUGUUAGUGAGGAUGAACCAUAUCUCUCAUACCCCAACUUGUUCGCAUCUAAAGACUCCGAUCUCAAGUCAGAUAUUCACGAUUGAUCGAAUGGUUCGAUAUCUUUUUAUAACUCCUAUUAGGGAUAACAGUAUAUACUGCCACUUUAUGUUUCUAUCGUGUUGCAGUUUAAAACAGAAUGAGAGGUUGUACACAUCUGAUGUUAUACUCUAUGUACGUCUAGCGAAUGAAUGUGACUAUGUCGAUGCAAUCAAUAUUAUGUGAAUAUCU